GCUCACAUGCACAUAGCGCAACGGCCGCAACGAAGCGCAAAUAGGCCCGUCAUCUUUUCGCAACAGCCGGACCCAGCUUAUCUCAAUGAAAUGUUUCCUUCUUUCCCCAAAAAUAGACUGAAUCUUCCUCCGUAAUCCUCUCGAAACGUCUUUCAUGAAGGCCUUGCUUAUGUGAAUUCAGGACGGCGACAUCCCUUUGUUCAAUAUUUAUCAUUGAUCAUAUGUGAGGGACCAAAAAAAAAAAAAUAAAAAAUAAAAAAAAAACCGAACCCAAAAGUUGCUUCCGAACGCACGAUUUUGUUUUCGCAUUUCCCCCUGCGUCUACUGCAUGGGCCAUCCCAGGUCCAAAGGGCCCUCACACAACUGUCAUCCCUCUUUCCGAAACUGCAGUUCCUAGAUCUCUUGCGCGCCGGCCCAGAGUCCGAAUCAAGGUGUUCUGGCGCUUCCCCACGACGCUUCUUAACCGAGCUGGUCUGAACCCUUCGAAUUUCGGAACCACUCGUCUCUGGUACAACUCCAAUUCUGCACUAUACACCUUAAUAUCGAGGUCCUGGGACCUCUCACAGAACCGGCUGGCACGAUGCAGUACGUCAGGAAUCUGAGCGACUCGGUCUCGACGGCAUGGAACUCGAUCAACCCGGCUACUCUCAGUGGCGCCAUCGACGUUAUCGUCGUCGAGCAGGAGGACGGCGCACUGCUAUGCUCCCCUUUCCAUGUGCGCUUCGGCAAAUUUUCACUGUUGCGACCCUACGAGAAGAAGGUCGAGUUUAGAGUAAAUGGAGUCAAACAGCCAUACUCCAUGAAGCUCGGUGAAGGUGGGGAGGCCUUCUUCGUCUUCGAGACUACCGACAAUAUCCCGAAAAGCAUGCAGACUUCGCCUAUAGUGUCCCCUGCAUCAAGCCCGCCCUUUGAGCCUCAGCAGCCAGGCCUUCAAGACCCGGAAGCCUUUGAUCUGGAUGGAGAGUCCAGGAAGUCCCGUUCGCCGGGACCGGUCCGUCCUCAGCCGGCCAUUAUCCAGCCUGGUUUGGCACAAGAUGGCCUCAUCACACCAUCGUCGACUUCACCUAACCUUUCCGUUCAUCGGCUUAAAUCGGGAGAAUGGGGAAACUUUGAGCACCGCCCUCACAGCGACGACAUCCUGAGGCAACGGGCGCGUAGGCCGUCCUCAAACCUCGAUGUUGAAGACAUGCCGCUCGAUCUCGCGAACCCCUCCGAUCGAUCCCAAAGCCCGCCUCCUCUCACCCGUGGCCAGGCACUUGGGCGGGCUGUGACACUCUCGAGGGAACUGGCAGCCGUCAACAUCCGCACACAAGUGACCGACGAAGGCGACCUGAUGCUUGAUAUGAGUGACAUGAAGAACAACGAGGAGGACGCUUUCCGCGCCGAGAUCCUUGCACGCAAGGUCCUCUCACAGGAGCUAGAUGGAAACUACGAUGUUGGCGCACUCAUUGGUAUGGAUGAGCAGGCGAACCUGUGGAUCUACCACAGCGAGGAGGCCAAGGAGGCUGCCAUGAAGAAGAUGAUGGAGACUUCUUUCACCAACCCCACCGUAGCCAUCGACGCUGCUUCAGAUCCUGGGUACCACAGCGACGACAGCUCUGGAACUGCGCAGACUCCUGUUCAUAGGAGGACAGAGUCUGACGUUGGCCAACUAGCGCUCGUCCAGACUCCUCCGUCCUCUCCAGGCUCUACUACUGCCGGUGAUCCGAACAGGAACUAUGCAAAGACGUUGCGCCUCACCAGCGAUCAGCUGAAGGCCAUGAACCUCAAGUCGGGCGAGAACACUCUCAGUUUCACUGUCAACAGAGCUACGUGCUCUGCGAACAUGUAUCUCUGGAAACACGAGACCCCUGUCGUCAUUUCAGAUAUUGACGGCACCAUUACCAAGUCAGAUGCGCUGGGCCACGUGCUCAACAUGAUCGGACGAGAUUGGACGCACGCUGGAGUUGCCAAGCUCUACACUGAUAUUCAGAACAAUGGGUACAAUAUCAUGUACCUCACCAGUCGUUCGGUUGGUCAGGCAGAUACAACCCGGGCUUACUUGCACAACAUUGCGCAAGAUGGCUAUCGGCUGCCCCGAGGUCCAACGAUUCUCUCCCCAGACCGUACCAUGGCAGCCUUGCGCCGCGAAAUCUACCUGCGCAAGCCCCAUGUGUUCAAGAUGGCGACGCUCCGGGAUAUCAAGAGCCUGUACGGACUUGAGCACCAUCCUUUCUAUGCCGGCUUCGGCAACAGACUUACAGAUCAGAUCUCGUACCGCACCGUGGAUGUCCCCCGGACUCGCAUUUUCACUAUCAACUCCAACGCCGAGGUUUCUCUGGAUCUCCUCAGCCUGAACAAGCUCAAGCUGAGCUACCUCAGCAUGUCGGAGAUUGUGGAGCACUACUUUCCCCCCGUGAGCACCUUGGUCAAGGGUGGCGGCGAAGAAUUCACAGACUUCAAGUACUGGCGCGACCAGCCCCUUGAGAUUGACGAAUUUUCCGCCAGCGACUCGGAUGAGGUCGACAGGGAUGACGCUGAAGACGACGAGGACGACGAGGAGAGCCAGUACGACGAGGCUGCUGACGCUAUGGGCGAAAGCUACAUCUCACGCAACUCGAUCGACGAGGGCAGCGUAUACUAUGAGGACGGACAAGAGAUGUUGGAGGAUUCGGCUGUCUAUGAACAGGAAGACGCCGAUGCAGAGGACGAUGAUGACGACAAUGACGAAGCCAUGGAAAGUGAAGAUGAGGAUACUGCUGGCCGGGGUAAAUCCCCUGCUGCGUCAACCGUUAAUGGAAAGAAGAACUCGGCUCGGAAAGAUGCGGUCAGCGACGUUGAUGCCGAAGUCAUCACAGGAGUCAAGAACCUCAAGGUCAAUGGGGACAUGCACCGAUGAGCCUCUGUAUUUUCUAGCAGCUCGAUCUCACAUUCUCACCAAACUUGUACGAUCGGUUCAUCUGGGGGAAAAAAAAACUGGCGCCUUGUGGAGAGGGGGGCAGCUUCAACAGCGCCACAUCAAGCAUUGGUCAUUUCUUUUUCUUUUCUCCCCGUUGGGGAGGGGCAUUUUCUGGAUUUUCAAGGUUAUCACUGCAUAGCAUGAGGAGUUUUGUUUUCUUUUUGGUAGGUUUUUGUUUGCGCAAGAUCGCAGCCGAUAGACAUGUACCACAAGUGUUCUUAUGCCAACGUAGCAAUAAUCGAGUAUUCAAUGCAGCAAGUUUGUGACUAAAAAUUAGACUAG